GAGCUUCCGUUAGAGCGGCAGAAGCUGUGUUUUUAGCGCAGCUAGCUUAGUUUAUAGUUAUAAACUGUUUAUAUAGCGUUAAAAGCGAAGUAUUACAGUUCUAGAAAUAUAUAACCUUCAUAUUUACACAGAAACGCGCGGGGUCGGUGUGUAGCAGCUCGCUGUCCGGGGAAGGCAGGCCAGCUCUCUGAUAAUGUCAGUUUCUUUGGAUGAAGUUAUUAAAAUGUGCUGCACACAACAGGCAAAACUCACAGAAACCAUCAAACAGUGCAGAGAUAUCCUACACUCCAUGAAGGUUCCUGUGAUCCAUAUUAGUGAAGCUGACAGAUCAGCAAGUGUGUGUGUAAAAAAUGAAGACAUUCCUGUAAAAGAACUGCAAGAAAUCGAUCUAUUGGAACAAGUUCUAAAAAAGGCUGUGAAAGUCCGCAGCAGCUCUGCCCUGCUCAAAAACCAUGGAGCACAAUUACAAGAAAAGAAACCUGUAGAAAACAGCAAUCGAGUACCAGUCUCUAUCAAAACCACGGCUAAAGAUUCUGUUCAAAUAAAACCCAAAAAAUCAACACAGACUGGUCCUGCCAGGAGAGGACCUUCAGCUCAGACCACCGUCAGAGCGAAACCACUGGUAGCGAAACCUGCGACAGUACAGAUCUCCAGUACUGCUGUUCAAAAGUCUUCCAGCCAGAGCACCGACUCCAAAACCUCCACUGAGGAGAAGAUUAUAGCUGGACCACCGACUGACGACAUGCAGUUAAAAUCAGCAGGACAAGUGUCUCUUCUAAAAGAGCCAAUGGUGCUUUCUCCCUGGUUUCCAGUAUGGCAAGCGCAAAGGACCAAAAAGAACAGACUGUGGAAUAAAGUUCUGAGCCGACACUCCAAGCCGGUACCUGAGCGAACUCACUUUCGAGAGAGACUCAGCAGCACUUUCCCGAAGGAUUGGCUCUCUGGACAGGUAUCAGUCAGACAGGCGGAGCUGGACUCCCUCACGCAGCUCGGACUGGACCUGAGUCAGUGCUACCGCGCCUCGCUCCGGAACCAGCAGCCGCUAUCAACCCGCGGGCCGGGCACCGAUCCAGAAGCAUCACUGGAGAGGCAGUAUGAAUCGGUGCUGAUGCUGCAGGGACUGGAGAGAAUGAUGAUCGGAGUCAUUAAAGAAGGAGACCGCCUUAAAAAAGAGUCUGAGAGGAACACCGGGGGGGCAUUAUUUCCAGUCCGAAGGAGAAGUAUGUGGUCCUGUCUGCCCCCUCUACUGUCCUACAGCACUGAAGCAGAGCUGGAGGAGCUGAACACGCUACAGCUGAGAGUAAAUCAGCUUCAGCUGGAGAUUCACCUGCACCAGGCCAUGUCUGACACCCCUACACAUCCUCAGUGCUCCAUACCUGGCUCUCUGAGUGCUGCUUCACUGCGGGGUCUGUAUUCACUGCUUGGAGAGGGAGGAGCACAGUUUCCUACACUAGUUCUGGACUCUGAACCUCAACAGACAUAAAAAAUAAAGACUGAUGGUCAGUAAAGCAGCUGGACUUCAGGUCACAUAUGAUUAAUGUGAUUAUGUGAACCAUUAACACAAAAAAUGGACCGUUUUAGGACCCUGAGAUGUGAUGGGAGGGGAUCAUCUUAAACGCUGAACUAGAAGAUAUUUAUUUUUGCAGUUUUCUUUCUUUCUUUGCGUGUGUAAGUGUGUGAGACAGCUGUGUGUGCGGAAAGGCUGUUAUCUGCUGUGAUAAACGCUCGAUCUGAGAGCUGCAGCUGUUCUGAUAGAGCAGAAUGAAUAAAUCUGCCAGCUGCUCAUCUUUUGUCAUUAAUGGCUCAUUCUUCUGCUCACUGCGGGUUUUAAUCACUGCUGGAGAUAAUUUUCAGGCUUUUCAGCUUUUUAACAGCUGUUACUGACGACCAGAACUGAAUUUGUAGCUCAGGGAGAUCAGUGAUGCUUUAUAUUAUGUAUUUUUAUGGUAGGUUUUCACCAGUAGAGGCCACUGUAUUACUGUUUUUAUCAGUACUUAUUUGGUCAGUCCUUAAAAGCCAGUUCUCUUGUGGUGCGUGUGUGUUGUUUUCUGUUUUACAUCCUUAAAGAGUGAUUUGACUGGUUAAUAAGCUAAUGUGAAUGGUCCUUUUGAGUUUUAAAGGAGAGAAUGCAUUAAAACUGCAAAAUAAAUGUGGUUUAAAAUGA